CUUCCAUUCACAAACCAUACAAUGUCUGCGGACGAUCAGUUGGAUUCGCUGCUCGAUGAGGCGCUCGAGGGCUUUGACGAAGCUGCUGCUGCUGCCCCGACGUCAUCUGGCAAGAGCACGCAACCCGAGUCCAAUGCUGCUGCUGCUGCUGCUGCUGCUAAACCCGCUGCGGCGGAACGAGCCGACGCACAGCAGCCGGCGGGCGAUUCAGACGAGGACUUUGAGAACUCGGCGCUGGCGGCACAGUUCCAGCAGCAGCUGCUUGCCAUGAUGCAGGAGAUGGCUGGCACGUCGGAGCUUGAUCCCGAGCACGCAGCGCGCUUGUCGGAAGGCCUCGCGAGCAUGGCCGCAGCAGACGCCAAGCUGCCUCGAGCUGGAGCUUCUUCUGCUUCCUCAGCGUCUGGCGCAUCAAAGCCGAGCACCAAUCCAUUUGAACAGGCAAUCCACGAGAUGCAGCAAAACAGCCAACAACUGAAUAACGACGAGACGAUGGGCAUGGGCGAAGAUGCAAUCGAUGCGCUGGCCGAGCAGCUCUUGGCUGGCAUGGGCGGCCUUGGCGGCGGCGACGACGACGAUGACGAUGCAGGCGGCAUGCAGGCAAUGAUGGAAAAGAUGAUGGAGACGGUGCUCAACAAGGAUGUUCUGUACCAACCGAUGAAGUCGUUGAGCGAGCGAUAUCCAGAGUAUCUGCGCGAGAACGCCACCAAGAUUUCGGCUGAAGACAAGACUCGGUACGAGCUACAACUUGUGUGCAUGCAUAAAAUCGUCGCCACGUUCGAGCGGACAUCCGAGUCGUCUUCGUACAAGGAGAUUCUCGAAUUGGUUCAAGAGAUGCAAGAGCAUGGAUCUCCACCGCCAGAAAUCUUUGCCGAAUUGUUCCCCGAUAUGCCAGCCAGCGGUGGCCCACUAGGAGCCUUGGGAAUGGGCGGUCCAGGUGGAGCAGACCAAGCGGCCUGCACCAUCAUGUAAUCAUGUAGCCGUGCUGGUCGUUUUUGUUGUUCGAAUCACUUGAACAUGUUCGAUUGAUAGUACACCAAUUCUUGAAUGC